AAUUUCUAAACUUUCGGCGCGAGCCUCGUCACUACAAAUCGCCCGCUGUCCAUGCGCCGUGCGAUUGAAUCCGCCUAUCGAGUAAUCCAUAGAGAUACAAUCGAUCGAUCACAUGCCCAUUUAUUUUUAAUUGAGUACGGCGAUUGCGAUAAUUAGUUUUCAUUUCCUCAAUUCACAAUGUCGUUGGGAGAUCCUAGUUAUGGGAUCCAUAGGGACUUGCUCCCGCAUGUCCAUCUCAUUUCAACCUAUCGACAUCCUAUGAAAGCCCGAGUGGAGCCUGUUGAGGUAACCGGCUGGUUGAUGCAAGCUCCCAAAAUCGCCCGCGACACCGCACCUUUCUUCUGGACCUAUCUCGAGCGUCCCGAGAAUGGUAAUAUCUUUUUAACGUGGCAGCCGUUGCAGCAAAUGGGUGUGAACUUUGCCAGCGAUGGUUAUGUCUGGCCUCCUCAGGAGCAAUACCUACAGCAGGAAGUAGGCAAUGGCGUGGUCCUGGAAAUGUACUACCAUAAAGCUGGUUUUGCCAUAGGAGAGCCGCUCGCACUGCACUCUAGACGUCGUUUCCGUCUUAUCCCUCCGAGUGUCCACACCCCGAAUGCUCCCCAAGUUGAUCCUGGUUUAUGGAUAGUUCACUACGGUCCCAUUGAGAAUAACGAGCGCAUACCUCAGCAAGUUAUCCCGCGAGACCCUCGAAGCAAUUCCAUUAUGGAGACGCGUGCUUAUCUUCAACGCUGCGGACAAAUCCAACGCAAGGAAUUUAUCCUCAGCGACCGACCCAAUUGGCCACAAAUCGGUUGGCCUCGAGAAGCUUCACGACCGCAACCGAUGUUCGCUCCCCAACGUGGAGUUCCCCAAGCAAUGGCAUAUCCCCCUCACCCUCCCACCGCCGGUGGACCACCGUCGAAACGCGCCCGGACUGGCCAGGCUGCACAGGGUCAAGUACCUCCUACUAUGGCUGCUAUUCCCCCGCCCGACAGCGCUUAUGACGAUGAGGAAGACACCUCUCGCGGCGACAUGUUUGAUCACCUGACCCCUCGAGAAGUCAGUCUGGCUCGAUAUCGACAGAACCACGAAUGGAUGGAAGAGAUACUUUCUUCUCCGUACCGGAUGGGCCAGAUUGGUUUUUCUGACCUUGGUCUUGGCCUUAAAGGCGAACUUUCAUCUCUAACUGAGGGAAUAUUCGAGGCUUACAGCUAUGAAUCUGCUGAAGAAGUGCCCUCGAAGACUACUACCACUAAAAUCGACCCCGAUCAAGCCGCCGAGUUUCGCAAGCGAGUAAACGACCGACUUAGUUCUACGCAGGCGGAGAUUGAGAAGAUGAAAGCAGAUCACGCUAAGAAAUUAGCGAAGUUUAAGCAAAAUUCUCUUCUAACUACUACCGAGAGAGAGUUACGACUAGCCCUGGAUGAGCCAGGUGUCGAUGCAUUACAACUUGAGGGCAAGGUAGAGGAGAGUGAAGACGGUGCAAACCGCUGGCCUUCACGACACAAUAAGAAGGUUGACGAUAUUGUCUCACAGGUUGAAGCGCACCUAGGUCGCCGAGCAGAGGUUAUCUACGAAUUACGACGAAUACAGGAUGGUGGUUAUCAAGAGCCAGCCCUAGAGCCGGCUCCUCAGCCCGCCUUGGGACCGGGAUCGACUACCGGCGGACCCCAGACUGGCAGCGCGAAUGGAAGUGCGGCGAUGUCUCGACAGCCGUCACACACGGGAUCUCAGAACAGCGCAUUCAUGAUGGAUUCCGAUAUUGAUAUGGGCGGAACUGCAGCUGGACUUCUUGAUCAAAUGCACACAGGAACAGGUGCAUCCUCUACUGGCACCCCGGUGAACAAUUUCCCGACACCUCAAGGUCAACCUUCGGCCGUUCAUUCCAGCGUUGCGACACCCGCUGGUUUAAAUAUUCCUUCUCCACGUCAGCCUCCCCAGAGAGACGAGACGGGUGAUGUGAAGAUGGAUGGCACGAGUGCUGCUGAACCGCCGGCUGCGACUGCUCCUGAUCAAGGAACAGGGAGUGGAGAUUGGGUCGUCGUUCCCAAAGGUGGUGCUGUUCCGGACGGACCUCCGAACCCAACGUCCGAUAAUAACCCUCCCAAACCAGCAGAUACUCUAAGCAAACAAGCUUCUGCUACAGGAACUCCUUCGGCGGGAUUUGAGGGCGACCAGAACGACUUCAGUUCACUUGAGGAUCUUAACACGGCCGGUGAUGCUUUGGCCGGAUUCGACGGUACACCAGGCGAUCUCGGAGAGGGCCUCGAUUUGGAGAUGGAAGAUUCAGCAUUCGGCGAUGCUUUCCACGGAGUCGAUACUCAGCAAGGAGGUACGCCAGCGGAAGGUAACAUGUAGUACAUGGGGCUUUCUCGAUACCCUUUCUAAAUUUUGCUAAAGGGUUGCUGAAUUAAUGCAAUGACGCGGCAUCCCGACUGCGUCCGAAUGAGCAAGGGAGUAGGUAACGGAUAGGGAGUAUUAACCACUCUCCAGAGGAAUCAAGGAAUGUGUUUGCAGGCGUUAGGGAGUCGAUUACACUGGCCUACGGUCAUGGCCAAAUCGUGGAAGGGACUCGACAUAAAUAGGUUCUCUAAUGUACGAUUACAUUCACAGGCUCGUUUUCCAAGCUGGAGAAUAAAGAGAUGAGCUGUACGUUGCAUUCUAUAUCGCAGAAUUUUAGCUCUAGCUCGCCAUCAACUUGGCACUGCUUUUAAAAAAUCACGAUCACAUUCUGAGGUAGAAAAUGCUAUGGCUUAUAAUUUGCUAAAUAGUUAUUUAGGUGUGUUCUUGGUGCAAUUGUUGCGAUUUU